ACUUCCCGAUCUUUUCAAUACUCCAGAUACUUUUCCAGAGGCCGCCUUUCACCAUGUGGAUAUUACCGUUGCUUGGAUACAUUGGCCUCAUACUGGGAUUUGCCUUCUUGACGCUGGCAAUAGCUUCUGGGCUCUACUACCUUUCCGAGCUCGUGGAAGAGCAUACAGUACUGGCAAAGAAGCUUUUGUACCGUCUCAUCUAUGGAGUUGUUGGCGUUCAGUUUCUUCUGCUUGUCGUUGACAAGUUCCCCGUCGGGCUAAGUCUGUUGAGCGUUGUGUCGCACGGCAUAUAUGCACAGAACCUUAGGCGCUUCCCAGUCGUCAAGCUCACCGACCCGUUAUUCUUACUGUCCUGCGCGCUCGUCAUUGUAAAUCAUUACCUUUGGUUUCGUCACUUUAGUGCUCCGGCUGCCAACUCCUAUUCUUCGUAUCCUUACGCACGCGACACGAAUAUUCCUACUUUUACCGAGAUCGCUGCCUACUUUGGGCUGUGCGUCUGGCUCGUCCCCUUUGCUCUUUUCGUUUCCCUGUCCGCUGGCGAGAAUGUUUUGCCCUCGAUGGGCUCCGAAUAUGCGACCGGCGAUGGAAGCAGUUAUAUCAACCCAGGAAAAGCGCCCGAUUCAUUUGGAAGCGGGUCGAGCGUUGGAGUGACCGGAAUGCAGGGAAAGAGACGGGCGAGGAGUGGGACAAAUGCGGGCAUGGCAAAAGCCGUUGUCACUGGUGUCAAGGAGUGGGUUGGUGAGACUGGAGAAGUCAUGGGAUUUUGGAAGGGCGAGAGAACGAGACCUACUUUUUGAGAGCCCGGCCUCAUUUGCGGUGCAUGAAUGUACGAGUAAUGUAUGUAUGUUCUGAUGCAUAAACCCCUAUUAGGCGGUCCGUUCCUAUACUUAUCUGUCUUAUAUAUCACGGCCAAAAGUGAAUUGCACAUCUACACCCCUAUACGGCUAGAACUCUACACUACGCAGAAAUUCGAUACUCAUUUUUUAAU